AUUUUUUUUUUAUUAAAGUGCAAUUUUUACAAUAAAACGAAUGUUAAAUAUAACAGUUUAUACAUUUUGGAUAUGAAAUAGCUAUUUAAAAAAUGUCAAUUUCAAGUAAAUUGUCAAAUAGUACAGAUAAUUUUAGCCAAAUUUAAGAAAGUAUUUUUAUUCGGACAUAACCAAUUUCUACAGCGCAAUCAUUAUUCAAGUAUAUCUUAAAUUGCCCUGAUGCAGCUUUAAUAAAAAGCAAAACGUCGGCUAAUAAGUUAAUAUAUUUAACCAUCAUACCUGUUAAUAAAUAAAUAAAUGUUUCUAAUUACUUGAAAUAUUCAAGCUAAAGUUUUAUAUAUUUAAUAAAUAGAUUAAUAACUUUUCUUACAAAAUGUAUUGGGCACAUAAUAAUGCAAGUUCGCCUCAAAUUGAAGCUGUGCUUAAUAAAGAAAAUGUAACGCUUUAUGAUUUAAUGGAUGAGGAAGAUAUUCUUCAAGAAUGUAAAUCACAAAAUAAGAAAUUAAUUGAUUUUUUGGUUCGACCGGAUAUUAUGGAAGAACUAGUGACACUAACAACUGUGGAACCAUCGCUGGAAGUCGAUGAGAAGACACGAUACAAAUAUCCAAAUAUUGCAUGUGAACUAUUAACAAGUGAUGUACCAACGUUGAAUUUACGUUUAGCCAACGAUGGUGUACUGUUAGGAAAAUUAUAUUAUUUUCUUGAAUCAGAUCCUCCUUUGAAUCCACUUUUAGCCUCCUAUUUCAGUAAAACGCUUAGUAUGCUGGUUUCACAAAAAACUGUACAGGACUGGUAUUCCUUUCAAGUCACUUGUUUGCAGGUAUUGGAAUUUUUAAAAUCAAAAGAAAAUUUUGUAACACUUUUGGUGAAACAUUUGGGUACAUCAGCAAUUAUGGAUUUAAUGCUCAAACUAAUUACUAAUGUAGAAGGCGUAGAAAUUAAACAAAAUAUAUUGAAUUGGUUGGAUAGCGAACAUAUAGUUCAAUCGUUGAUCGAAUUAUUAGGUCCAUCAAUUGAUUCAGAUCGUCAAUGUAAUGCUGCUCAACUUUUAAGUGAUAUUAUUGCUAAGUCAAGAGAUUCCACAGUCAAUGCAAACGAACGAUCAAAUUCUGAUCCUAUUGUUGCUACUUUAGAAGCGUCUGAUACAAUCUCAUUAUUAUUGAAUAAUAUAUUAGGUCCUGAAAAAACUGAAACCAGUAUUAUUGGUGGAAUCCAAGUUUUAUUAGCCUUAUUAAAUUUUAAUAAAAGUCCCGUGCCGAAUUCUUCACAGUAUGAACAAAUUGAAAUAGCUGCCGAAAGAGAACAUCGCGAGAAAGUUAUACAAAAUGUAAAUACAGCAAUAAUUGUUCGCCUUAAAGAUUUUCAUGAAAUUUUGCUAAAUCCACCAAAGAAAGCCCCAAUACAAACAACAAUUGGACUAUUAGAUCCGCCAUUUGGUAAUACACGUUUACAAAUAACUCGAUUACUAUCAGCAUUAUUACAUUGUAAUCAAUCAAUUGAAAUCAAGAAUGAAAUAGCCAGACUUGGUACUAUAAAUGUAUUAAUUGAUCUCUUUUUUAAAUAUACAUGGAAUAAUUUUUUACAUACACAAGUACAAAAUUGCAUAGCGUUUGCAUUAAUACCAAUCAAUACGGAACGAACUUUAUCGGCAUCCUCGACAUCAUUUAAAAUUGAAGAUUCAACAACAGCUUCAUCUACGGCAUCUAAUAUAAACGAUGAUACAUUGGAGUCGUCGGCCAGUGAUGAAUGUAACAAUCUUAUGUAUGAACAUAUAUUUGUGCAAUGUCGAUUAUUAGAACGAAUUUUAGGAGCGUGGGAAGAUAAUGAUCAAAAGCAAUCACAGUCAAAGGGUGUACGACAAGGCUACAUGGGUCACCUAGUAAAUAUUGCAAAUAAUAUUGUAGAACAAUGGGAUAAAACUCCAUUCGGUGAAUUUAUUACUGAAAAACUUAGUCCUGAAAUAAUAGAGGCAUGGAAAAAAUUUGUUGAUGAGCCCUUAGCUGAAGUUAAUAAGAAACAAUCAGAAGUUUUGGGUGGAAUUCAUCCAAGUAACACCUUAUCAUCUGAUAAUCAAGAUGAAUUCCGUGAAGUACCAUUUGAUCCAUCUGGUAGUUUACUUCAAACCACAUAUACAGAUUUUAAUCGAUCUGAAUAUAUUGAAGUGUUUCAAUAUAGCAACGACGAAGAAGAAAUGUUUGAACGUGUUUGCGCUGAACGAUGUUUGAACUCGUUUCCCUUUGAUAAUGCCGUAUGUAAUGAUGAUGAAGAUGAUAUAUGGGAACAUCAAGUUAGUACCACAAUUACAUCAAAUUUAGCUGAUAAACAAACGUGUGGAGAUUGGCAACAACGUCGAAAUUCUGAUGCCGAUGACCCAAUGGCAAAUAAAUUGGAUGGUACUAUUGUUGACCCAUGGAAAACAGAUUUAGAUAAUCCUACAGAAAAUACGAUAGCUCCAAUUGCUGAAACGGAUCCAUGGGGUAGUGGUGGCAGACCGAGUGGUGGUGAGGGUGAUGCUAUCGCACCUUCUUCUACAAUUGAUGAAGGCUGGGCAAAUUUUGAUUCAUUUAAUAAUUUUGAUACGGCAACAUUUAAUGGAAUUCCAUCAUCUGAUGAACGUACAACUUCCAAUUUUUUCGGUACAUUUACACAAAAAUUUGAUUUUACGGAUUCCGAUCCAAUGAUCAAUUCACCAUUAUCAACAAUAACACCUGGAGCACAACAAAAUGUUUAUGAUGAACAAAAACAUAAUGAUACGUCUUCGUCGGCGGAUGAUAAUGCAAAUAUUAGUAAUAAUUGUAAUCAAAAUAGUAGUGAAUCGUCAUCAUCAAUUGAUAAUUUUCAUACAUGUUUGUCGAAUGCGUUAAAAACAGCUACACCAUCUGAGGAUGAUAAUUCUUCAUCAUCAGCGCCAAUUAUGUGUAAUGAUUUAAAUAAGAGUGGAGACGAGGAAGAGGAAAAACAAUCAGCUAGUAAUGAAGAAUCUAGUAAGGAUACAACAACUAAUCCUACGGAUCAACAAAAUGAAGAAAUUUCAACAAUUCCAGAGGCUACAGUACUUGUUACGGAAACAGAACAAACAAUUAGUGAUGAAUCUGUAUAAAUAAACAAAGAAACAAACCCAGAUGAUUAAAAGUUUAAUUAAUUAUUGUACAUAAACUACUCUUAUUAUAAUUAUUAUUUUGUUGGAGUCAAAAGAAAAAAAUCACAUCCAUCCGUCAUAUCAUAUUCUUUAAAAUACGAACUACAAAUAUCAAAAAAACAAUCAAACAACACACGGAAAAAAACGGAAAUUCCAUAAGAACAACCAAAAAAGGUUUAGUUUUGAUUACCUAAGCAAUUGAUUAUGUUUUGUUUUUAAAAAUUUUAUAUUUAUUAUUAAUUGCAUUGUAAUUUUAAAAAAUAUAAUGUCUACAUCACCAAAAACACAACAAAUAUUUUUUAAUUUUAAAUUUGAUUAUACAGUCAAAAUCUGUUUUAUAUAACGGCAUUGUAUAGACCUUAAAAUUAUUGUUAUUCUGAGCGAUAUGAACAUUUUAUUUGUCUGGAAUAGUUAUCUUACAGAGAGAAAUUACACUAGGAGUUAAUUUGAUAACUUUUUCACCAAAAAUCAUCCCUCUUCGAGCUACCAUAUGAGCCUCUUCCUGUUUCAGCUUGUCUUCUGAGCAUCAAAUUUGUUUUUCCUCACAUAAUAAUUUGUGGUAAUUCAUACAAAUAUUGCAUAAAGCAAUAUGUUUCUUUAAAAAAAAUUAAAUAACCGUCGCGUCGAUCAUUAAAAUUUUUGCCCCAACAGGCUAGAGAGCCAGCUUGUUAUAAUUAACUAUAGUUUAAACUUCUCCAUUUAUAAAGCUCAAAAUAGUAAAUACCACUCACAAUUAAGUUAAUGAUGUUUAAAAUAAUGUAUGUGUUGUACGUUAUAAACAACUAAUUCUAAUGAUUAUCGUUCACUAUGUCCAAAAUGGCGUUUAUAUUAUAAACGGUAUAUUCUUAUAUGCAAUGCAGAGGUGGAUUAUCCAUAAAAUAAAUUAGGCACGAGCUAACAGGCGCGAGAAUGUAUCCAUCUACGUUCUUAUUAACAACGAUAUCUCGAGUUGGAGAACUAAUCCGAACGAUUAACGCGAUUUUAUAGGUUUUAAGAAAUAAAGUACUUGAAACUAAAUAUCUAAAAAAAGGGUCUCGAUUGAUAGAUUUUUUAUAACAGGGGGGGGGGGGCUAAUUUUUUAAAAUUGACGGGCGCAAAUUUCUUAAUCCACUUUUGCUCAUAU